UGGCGCUGGAUGACUCGAGCGAAGUAUCAAAGGUCGUUUACUUGCGAGAUAAAUAAUUAAUUUUUCGUCCCCGCGGACUCAAUUAACUCGUUUACGUUUUCGUGUAGUUUCGUGCUUGCUAACGUAUGCGGUCCUGGUCGAGACACAUCUUGUUUUUGGGCGGAUUUUUCGUUGGAGGAGACAUGAGUACCCACUAUGGAGGUGAUAGAAUUAUUUAAUAAGUUCAAUGAGAGCCUGGGGUCAUACAUAUUUUCAAGAUGGAUUGGAAGGUUUAUAGAGGAAUAUCAAUCAUCGAGGACGCUCUUUGUUAUUGCCACAAUUUUACUCCUUAUUUUCUUAAUUGCGUCGAUCUUUGUGGUACGCAAAUGGAAGAACAAAGAAUUUUUGCCAGAGGUGAAGGAGUUUGUUGGAGUGGGUACAGGAAAGCCAAGGUUCAGAAAGAGAGACAAGGUUCUCUUUUAUGGCAGAAAGAUGUUGCGCAAAGUAAAGUCCAUUGGUGGCCAAGUGCACUCAACUGGACAAGGGAAGAAAAGAAGAGCAGUCAUGAGAUUUGCUCGUCGAUUGUUGCAACUUAAAAAGGAUACUGUCCCACAACAGCUUAAAGUAUUAGAACCACCUGCUGAAUAUUUGGAAGAAGAUUUAGGUCCUGGUGAGAGAGUACCACCAGAUGCCCUGUAUAUGUUACAAAGUAUUAGAGUCUUUGGUCACUUUGAAAAACCUGUUUUCUUGAAAUUGUGCAAAUACACAGAAAUUAUGAAUUUACCUGCUGGUAGCACAUUAUUCAAGAUUGGGGAUCCCGAUGAGAAUUUAUUUAUAGUACAGCAGGGUUUAGUCAAUGUAUAUAUCACUGGAUCCGAUGGUUCUCAAAUAUCAUUGAAAGUAGUAAAAACGGGUGAAUCAGUUACCAGUCUUCUUAGCUUUACGGAUGUACUUACCGGUCAUACAAGUACAUACAAAACUGUAUCAGCAAGAGCUGUAGAAGAUUCUGUUGUAGUAAAGUUACCAAUGAGCGCGUUCCAAGAAGUAUUUCAAGAUUAUCCUGAUGCCUUUGUUCGAGUUAUCCAGGUCAUUAUGGUACGCCUGCAAAGAGUUACCUUUACCGCUUUACACCAAUAUCUUGGUCUUUCUGCAGAAUUAGUCAAUCAGGGAUCGCAUAAGAAGAAACAGAGUCCAUUCUCUGGUUCACCGGUACGAUCAAGAACCAGAGAGAACUUUGCUUCACAAAACAUGGAAAGUGUACCUGGUAUAUUUCCAAUGGGUACAUCAGAAAUGCACGAUAUCAGUGAUAGUUCUCAUCGUGACACAAGCGCUUCUCAACCUGUGCCAAUAAUUAUGAAUCGACGAAAGAGUAAUGUCGACUGGAAAGGUUUUAAUGUACAAGCUAGUCAGAAUAAUUCUGCAGAGAUGGUACCAGAAUGUGACUCUCACUGGACAACAUCACCUCUUAUAGCACAGUCCACACAUGGAUCACAUCCUGAAUCCUCUCAUUCUUAUUCUAGCAAAAAGCGUCAGAUUAAUGAGGCAAUGCAGCAACAGCAACAACAACUGGACGAAGCACAGCUCGUACAAAUAGCCACAGAUGCAUUUGUUCUUGAACUUGGCAUAGAGGACGAGAACGUGCUUAAAGAUAAAGUGCAGAUCAGGGAAGUACCAAGUGGUACUCACCUGAUGAAAGAAGAAUCUCAUAAGGAUGUUGCACUUGUAUAUGUGCUUUCGGGUUCGCUAAUAGUAAGUCAACGCGUAUCGGAAGGUCGAGACGCGGGACAAGAAGUGCACAUGUUCAGUGCUCAUCAAGGCGAAAUUGUCGGUGGUUUAGCAGUAUUAACUGGCGAGCCAUCUUUUUAUACAAUCAGAGCAAAGCAUGCCAGCCGUAUCGCGUUACUCAGCAAAUCAACAUUCUUCGCUAUCAUGCGAGACCAACCUACUGUCGUGUUGCACGUGGCACAUACCGUUGUUCGUAGAUUAAGUCCUUUCGUAAGACAGGUGGAUUUCGCUCUUGAUUGGUUGUUUCUUGAAAGCGGACGAGCCGUUUAUAGACAAGGGGAUGAAUCAGACUCGACAUUCAUUGUGUUAAGCGGACGAUUGCGAUCGGUAAUUACUUACAAAAACGGCAAAAAAGAACCGGUAGCAGAAUAUGGAAAGGGUGACUUGGUGGGAAUCGUAGAAAUGGUCACACAAACUCCGAGAUCGACGACGGUCAUGGCGGUCCGGGAUUCUGAGCUAGCGAAGUUACCGGAAGGUUUAUUCAAUGUGAUCAAACUCAGAUAUCCAAUUGUUGUCACGAGAUUAAUAAAUCUUCUUGGCCAUCGCAUACUCGGCACUUGGCAGCAAGCACAUACAAAAAACAACAGCAAUGAUACUCAACGAGCCGCAGCAACGGUUGAUGCUAGACCCGCACAAGUAAAUUUUUCAACAGUUGCCAUAGUGCCAAUAUCAGAUGAUGUACCACUAACUGCUUUUACUUAUGAAUUAUAUCAUUCUUUAUGUGCCAUUGGACCUUGUCUUCGUCUAACGUCGGAUGUCGUAAGAAAGACUUUAGGAACAACCAUCAUGGAGCCUGCGAACGAAUACCGAUUAACUUCUUGGCUUGCACAGCAGGAAGAUCAACACAGAAUAUCUUUAUAUCAAUGUGAUUCAAGUUACACGCUAUGGACUCAGCGAUGCGUGAGACAGGCUGAUUGCAUUCUUAUCGUGGGUUUAGGCGAUCGAGCGCCAUCGAUUGGUCGAACAGAACGUGAGAUAGAACGGCUGGUAAUGCGAACGCAGAAGGAACUAGUACUACUACAUAAAGAACAGAACGGUCAACGACCCACGAACACUGUUCAAUGGUUGAACAUGAGAUCAUGGGUAUCCAGUCACCAUCACAUCCAGUGUCCAAAACGGAUGUUCACUAGAAGAUCACAGUAUAGAAUUAACGAAUUAUACUCCAAAGUGCUCAUGUCUGAGCCGAACGUACACAGUGACUUCAGUAGAUUAGCACGAUGGCUGACCGGUACCUCGGUUGGUCUCGUUUUAGGUGGAGGUGGUGCAAGAGGCGCUGCUCACGUGGGCAUGCUGAAAGCCAUCAUUGAAGCAGGUAUCCCUAUAGAUAUGGUUGGUGGUGUGAGCAUCGGUGCCUUCAUGGGCGCGUUGUGGUGUAUGGAAAAGAACAUUACUACUACCACACAAAAGGCUAGAGAAUGGUCUAAGAAAAUGACUCAAUGGUGGCGACAGAUUAUGGAUUUGACUUAUCCGAUGACUUCGAUGUUCUCCGGUAAAGAUUUUAACAAGACGAUACAGCAAACUUUCGGCGACACGUAUAUAGAGGACUUGUGGCUUCCGUAUUUCACUAUAACCACAGACAUCACGGAUUCCUGUAUGCGCACGCAUAGACACGGAUCGCUGUGGCGGUACAUUCGGGCCUCGAUGUCAUUGUCUGGUUAUAUGCCACCCAUGUGUGACCCCGUUGAUGGCCAUCUCCUACUCGACGGCGGGUACGUCAAUAACCUUCCAGCUGACGAAAUGUUGCGGCAAGGAGCACAUCAUAUUCUGGCCAUCGACGUCGGGUCACAAGACGACACGGACUUGACGAAUUAUGGGGACUCGUUGUCCGGUUGGUGGUUAUUGUGGAAACGAUGGAAUCCAUUUGCCACACCCGUGAAGGUGCCAAAUUUACCGGACAUCCAGUCCAGAUUGGCAUACGUAAGUUGUGUUCGCCAGUUAGAGGAGGUAAAGAGUUCGGAUUAUUGCGAGUACAUCAGACCACCGAUUGAUAAGUACAAAACCCUGCAAUUUGCCAACUUUGACGAGAUCAAGGAUGUAGGAUAUCAACACGGAAAAACGUAUUUCGAGGGUCAAUCAAAAGCUGGAGUUCUCCCUCGAUUCAAUGCGGAUCGAGAGAAUGCGAGAGCUAUGCGAGCGAAAUAUCAAGCGGCUAAUCAACAGUCACCCUCUUCAUACACUUUCACCGAUCUCGCGCAGAUGGUGUGUAAAGUUUCGCGUGGUAGCCGAUACAUCGAUCUCGAUAUAGAUUCCGAUUCGGAUGAACUAGAGGAAUACGAGGCGGACUUGGAAGAAGAUGCGCAGGAAGUAGGAUACGCGUCUGAACCCACUGCCGGUAUUUUAGAUCAGAGUCCUGAGGAUAAUCGACUGAGACGAAGAACUGGCGUUUCACUUAGUCUAUCCGACACCGAGGCAGAGUCGGAAUUAGAUUACCAUCCAAAGAUUUUUUGAAUACUUGUUUACAAUUAUCUACGAUAUGGUAUUUGCAUAAUUCGCUCAACGAGAUAAAUUCAACAGAAUUUUCUCAAACAUAUAUAACUGUAUUACUCAGAUGCACUAUUGAUCUACGUCGAAGUACAAAAACAAUUAUUGCAAUUGUAUAACCACGGGAACGUUCUGAAAUUAUGUCACAAUGCGAUAUGUAUCGCUACAUAAUAAUAAGUAAUU